AUGAAGUUCUCGACCACCAUCCUCAGCGCAGCGUUGCUCAUAACGUCGGCCAUUGCUACUCCCUUCACCGAACGCCGCGUAGCUAGCGAUACUGUCCGAGCUAGCCGUAUUGGCCGUCCUGCUGAUAAGCUGGACACCCUAGAGCUUACUAGUCCGAAUGGAACAAGCCAAACAAAGUACAGCACAAACUGGUCCGGUGCUGUACUUCAAGGCACCGGAUAUACCUUGGUCACUGGAGAAUUUACCGUUCCUAAGCCGAAACCUCCCCCGGGUGCUUCGCCUUCCGAGAAGACCUGUGCCUCUGCCUGGGUCGGUAUUGACGGUUAUACUUGUGGCUCGGCUAUCCUGCAAACUGGGGUGAAAUUCUGUGUCCAAGGAGACGAGGUUUCUUACGCUGCCUGGUACGAGUGGUACCCAGAUUUGACCUACGACUUUUCCGACUUCCUGAUCUCUACUGGGGAUGUGAUUAAGCUCACUGUGAACGCUACCUCUAAGAACUCCGGUUCUGCUGUCGUCGAUAAUAUGACUACAGGCAAAUCUGUGACCCAUGAAUUCACCGGUGUUGACUAUGGAGACCUCUGCGAGACCAAUGCUGAAUGGAUUGUCGAGGACUUCAUAGCCGCCGGCAAGUUGGUUCCGCUUACCAACUUUGGAACUGUGACAUUCUCAAAAGCAGAGGCUACAUCUGGCAGCAAGACUGUCGGCCUGUCUAAAGCAACUCUCAUCGACAUCAAAAAGAAGCAAAGCAUCUUGACUAAGUCUUCUCUCACCCGCGAUGGUGUUACUGUGAGCUAUGUCUAA